AUGUUGGGAAUUUUCAGCGGAGCUAUAGUAUCAUUGCCGGAAGAGCUGGUGGCUGCCGGGAACCGAACUCCGUCGCCGAAGACAACCGGAUCGGUCCUAGUCAACAAGUUCGUAGAGAAAAAUCCCUCUGCCGUGUCCGUACAGGUCGGCGACUACGUGCAGCUUGCUUAUAGCCACCACAAAGAGAGUCCUCUCCGGCCAAGGUCAUUUGGGGCUAAGGAUGAGAUAUUCUGCUUGUUCCAAGGCUCACUUGACAACCUAGGAAGCCUUAAACAACAAUAUGGGCUGGCAAAGAAUGCAAACGAGGUUCUCUUGGUCAUUGAGGCUUACAAGACUCUCCGUGACAGAGCUCCUUACCCAGCCAACCACGUCGUGUCACACCUAAGUGGCGAUUUUGCCUUUGUGGUCUUUGAUAAAUCAACCUCCACUCUGUUUGUAGCCUCUGACCAAGAAGGUAAGGUACCAUUGUACUGGGGGAUAACAGCUGAUGGGUAUGUGGCAUUUGCUGAUGAUAUUGAGUUGCUAAAAGGUGCUUGUGGCAAAUCUCUUGCUUCUUUCCCUCAAGGCUGUUUUUACUCGACUGCCUUAGGUGGGCUUAGGAGCUUUGAGAACCCUAAGAACAAGAUCACUGCCAUUCCUGCUAGAGAGGAAGAAAUUUGGGGAGCCACCUUCAAGGUGGAAGGAGCAGCAGUUCUUGCACAUGGAGAGUGA